GUUCGGGUAGGCUAUGUACUAGUGAUCUUGUGUUAGGCAACAAUAGAGUAUUGUGGAGUUAGAAAGUUCAGCCCGUAAUUGGGUCACACCUGAUGUUCGACCAGUAUGAGACUACAAUAUACCUGGUGUUGUAAUUGAUGUGGCGACCGUCACUGUACCUGUGUAACUGGUUGAUCUCUAAAGGGAUAUUUAGAUUCGCCACUCCGAGUUUCAGUUUUAACUGAAAUUUGAAAUUUACGAGCGGACGUGAUCUACCUCCGCCAGAACCUGCUUGGUUCCAUUCCUAACCAGCACAAUGACGGCUUCCUGUUGUCAGAGGGUCAAGGACGAGUUUCAAGCUAAGAACUUUCUACUGGGCUAUGAGUACCCGGGUGCGUUCGCGAGGUCAGAGUGGAAGACGGGCCCCUGUGUGAUCUACCUGGUCUGGAGAGCCAUAUGGUUCCUCUACCACGUCUCUAUAUUCGGUCUGAGAGCCUACCUGACCCGGUUUCUGUCCAGCAGCGUGGAGAACGAGCCAAAGUUUCUCAUCUUCUUGACCACGUGGGCCUACAUACUCCUCGUCAUCACCAACACCGUGGACUUCAUCAUCUCUGUGUACUACUACAUCGAACGCAAGAAGGAACUCCGAGGACAGGAAGGAGUCAACGCGUGGUACAACAAAGUUUUGUGGGUAUUGUCCAACCUGACCAAUACAGCAGCGUUCGUGGUCAGCCUGCUGUACUGGGCGCUGAUACAUGACUAUUCAAGGGUUUUCCAGGCCACAGCUACAUCAGCUUCUUCACCCAUGGCGCCAACAUCAUCUACGUCGUGCUCAACCUCCUGGUGACGGCUGUACCGGUGCGGCUGCUCCAUUUCUACCAUGCAGUUAUUUUGGCCAUCAUCUACGGCGUCUUCAACGCCGUGUACGUCCUAUCAGGUGGCUCCAACGAUGUCGGCGAGCCCUUCGUCUAUGGUGUCCUAGACUGGAACAAGAACCCGGGCAUGAGCGCCGCGGUAUCCGUCGGUUCGGCCAUUGCUGCUAUCAUCUUACACUGCGUGGUGUACUUCAUACACCUGCUGAGAGUCUGUAUUGCACAGAGGACUACCCGGGAUACAUCCCCAGGGGACCUUCCCAUGGCCUAGGUGUGUUAGGAAGGUCAUUUCCCGCAGG